AUGAGAGUGUGUCGGUGCCGCCGCUUGAAGGGUGUGUGUGCCUUGAUGUUGUGUGUGAUGCUGGCUCUGCACAUGCUGGUAAUUCUACUGGUUCUGUCGACGUUCACCUCAACCUGUGAGCCCAUUCAGAGGCCUCAAACUCAACCUCAUAACCUCACCUCUGCCAACCUCACACACUCUUGCUCUACCAGCACGACUAAGCCUGUGAGACAAAAGCGUGUACGAGAAGCUGAUCUUGCCAAGCUGGAGGCUUUGUUCUCCCACGCGCUGUAUACCCUGCAUGCUCCAUCCAGUCCUGAUGACGACACUCUUCUGCGAAUCCGAACCCAGGAGACCGAGGAGCACAACGCACAGCAGUGGUUAAGUAACAGCAAAGAGGGCUAUGAUCCUGUCCAGUGGAACAGCAGUACAGAGACCCACCCUCCCUGGCUUCGGUUUCACCUCGGCAUCUCCCGUUGGCAGCUGUAUCAGCACCGAGACACCAACCAACCUCUUCUGGAACAGCUGUCAACCCAUCGCAUCAUCAGUGCAGUUCAGAAAACAGGAGGAACGCAGCUGAAGUUGGUGAUUACCUUUUCAAACUAUGGACAAGCGCUCUUCAAGCCCAUGAAGCAAGAGAGGUAUGAAGAGACUAAUGUGAAUCUGUACUAUUUCUCGGACUUUGAGAGGCACAAUGCUGAAAUCGCAGCCUUUCACCUAGACAGGAUUCUGGGUUUCCGGCGUGUACCUCCGGUUGUGGGAAGACUUGUUGAUGUAAUUAAGGAAAUUAAAGACAUCACCAGUGACCACAAAUUGGCCAGGACCUUCUUCAAUUCUCCAGUGGGAAAUUCGUGUUUUUAUGGCCAGUGCUCAUACUAUUGUUCGACGGAGCAUGCAGUGUGUGGCCGACCCCGUGCUCUCGAGGGCUCCCUAGCAGCCAUGUUGCCUGACCUUUCCCUCUCUCCUCGCCGCUCCUGGAGAAACCCGUGGAGGCGCUCAUACAGCCGCAGCAAGCUCGCUCUGUGGGAGAAAACGCCAGCAUACUGCGACGUGGUGAAAAAGACUCCGCCCUAUGACCGAGGCACCCGAUUGGUCGAUCUCAUCGAUAUGACCAUUUUGGACUUUCUGCAAAGUAAUAUGGACAGACACCACUAUGAAACGUUUGAAAUAUUUGGCAACAACACAUUCCUUCUACAUUUAGAUAAUGGAAGAGCGUUUGGUCGUUACUCUAAGGAUGAGCCAUCAAUACUCACUCCUCUCGUGCAGUGCUGCAGAAUCCGCCGUUCCACGCUGCUUCGCCUGCAUCUGCUCUCUUCCCCUCAGUACCGUCUGAGUGAUGUCAUGCGGGCGUCUCUGUCUCAGGAUCCGCUGGCUGCCGUGGCCCCCCUCCUCACCGAGCCUCACCUCUCCGCUUUAGACCGUCGUCUAGUGGCAGUGCUUCAGAGCAUCCAGCGCUGCCUCCUUCAGCACCAACACCACCACGAUGUCAUAUACGAUGACAUCACUGACUACUCCGGCUAGGAAAGUGCUAGUGAUGUUCUUUUAUAAGUGUUAUUGACUGAUUUGUUUACUGUAAUGACUAUUACUGUGCAUUGUGUGCUCACUGAAUGCUCAAAAAUGCACUAAAUGCCAUUAUAGUAUUACAAAUUACAGUCUGGGUGACUAAAAAAAAUGUGACUGUUUUGAAAGCAGAUGGUCACUGGAACAUUGCAUAAGAGCACUUGAUCUUCUUAAGUAGUGACACGACAUGUUGAUUUCUAUUAUAUAUUCAAUUAUAUAACAAAGCACAAUUAGCACACCUUUUUUUUUGGUAUGCUCAUACAUUCAUUCAUCAUCAGUAACCUGCUCAGGGUCGUGGUGAGAUGGGAAAUACCAAAAAUAAAUAUUUAAAUGACUAUAAAGAAAAAAAAAAAUUCUCAAUUUUUCUCUCUUCUGAGACACAUAUAGCCAACCUUCGCAUCUUUUCAAACUGCUGCGUCACAAAGCAGUGUAACAUGCUCGGACGAAAGAGCUAUCCGCCCUCUUCCGCAUACAUGAGCUCACAGAUGUUUCUGAUUGGCUAGUGGUGCUGUGAUUGACAGGAAGGGAGACAGUAUGCCCCUCCUACCCAGACAGCACGGCCAAUUUUGCUCCCUUUCUCCCGAUCUCGAGUACAACUAGGUUAUUUAAAUACGUAAAAGAAGCCUUGUGAUAGCUACUUGGGUAAAAAAUUUUAAUAUGGUGCAGUCAUGAAGUAAGCAAUUUGGAAUUUGAUAAGAAGGUGUGCACAAAUGAAACAUUUCAGAAGUUUGUGUCUUGCAUCUAUUUAAUUGCUAUAUAAUUAAUAUCAUUUAUUUGUCAUUCAGUGUAUUCAGUGUAUGUAUAUAGGUUAUGCUUUUUUUUUUCCGUCAGGUUUCGCAGCUUUCCGUUCAGGAGGUUGCUUAUGAAUUUGAAGAGGUAAAUAUUUCCCCAAAAAAAAAAACCAACAUCUUGCUGCAGUGUCGCAAGAAAUGUUGUGAAAUUGGGAACAGGCUGUAAUUUCUACAUCACUAGUGCACUGUGGUGUUAAAGGCAAUUACGUGACAUGAAGGCACUUCAUGAAGAAGGCCACAGACACACUAUGUAUUCUUUUGGAAAUAAAAUCAAAACACUUGUCACUAGGGUGGUGCACUCAAGGGUACGUCUUUUGUACCAUUACCUGGAAAAAAAGUGAUUGGACUGUACCUUUAAAUCUCAUUUUAAAAUAAAUAAUUGGAGGUUAUAGUCCACUCUGUCGGUUUACAUUUACAUUUAAUAAAAGUGUCCUUUUAUUCUGACAGUGCAUGGAAUGAUAGGAACUUUAUAUUUAAAAAUAAAAAAAAAUCUCUAUUUCUAAUAAAAUGUUUGUAAAUAUAAAAAAAAUAUGGUGCACUGGGCUUUAAUCAUAUUCAUAUGAUUAUGAUUGUUAUGCAAGCAAUUAGAAACAUUAUCUACUUCAUUCAAUAAUCUGUCCGUUUUUCUUAAUCCAUUAUAAUCCUUACAAUACUUUAGAAUUUUCUGAUAUAAAAAAAAGUCAUAUUAAUAGGAAUGUACUGUACAUAGCUUUAUGGUGCUUUAGUCCAAGAAACGCGACCUUUUCCUAUUUCUUUUUUAAUUUCAGAUUUUAUCUUUUUCUAUUGAACGAUAAUUUUUUACCAUAAAGUCUUUCUUUCCUAAAUAAAGAAUGCUCAAAAGACUUUUUUUAAGGGACUGACUUCAUUUCAUAUUUAAGUAUCCCACUAAUUCUGGCUCAUUGAUAUUAUUAUUAAAUAAGGAAGUGUAAGACGUAACUGCUGACCAAACUCAAAAGAACCCUCGUCACUUCCCCAGCUCGUGUAUAGACUGUAAACAUCCUCAAUCAAGCUGUCACUGUCUUUAAAACCCCUGAAAAUAUCAUUUCUAGUUGAAACAACAAACAGAAUUUAGCAUAUGCCGAUUUAUUUAUACGUUAUACUGUAUAGAA